AUGGGAAAUAUUAAUGCAGCUGCAAAAUGGGCAUUUGUUCCAUCUCCUACUGAUCCUAAGCAUUUAAAAUAUCCUCACGCUAUAUUUUCAUGCCUUUUAGGGUUUGUAUCAACUAUUUUAUUGUCUGGAAAAAUAUAAUAAUUAAUAGAAAGUCAAUAUCCUAAUUUGAAAGAAGGAUUACCUCAAUUUGCAAAAGAUAAAGCACUUCCUCUCCUUAUAGUUUAUUUAGCAUUAAUGAUGAUAGUUCGUAUAAAAUAAAAUGGGUCAACAAGCCUUUAUGAAAUGCUUUGGGCUUGCAAUCUUGCAAUUGUGAUGAUGAUAUGUGGUAUUAUCCGUAAUAGUGCAUUAACUGUAGGAGCAAGUUUAGUUAUUAUUUCAAUUGAUUAAUGUCUCUGGUACGUUGAUAUUAUUGGUUAUCUUUUGACUAAGAAAUUCCCAGUGGGUGUAGCUAAAUAUCUCACUUGGCCCACUACUACAAAAUUAAGAAUUUUAACUAGCACUCAUCACUUAUGGUUCAUUCCUUUACUUAUUUCUAUUUUAAAGGGUUCAAAGUAAUUGACUCAUCAUGCUUAUUUCUUUUCCUUUGCAAUGACUCUAUUUUAAUCAAUUUUAGGACGUAUUUUAGCUCCAAGGUAUAUAAAAUAAAAUAAAGGUGAAGACAUUUAUAUGAAUAUAAAUUUAGCAUAUGAACUAUGGAAAGAUAUAAAAGUAAAAUUUUUAGCCAGUUUCGACUAAGCUCCUGGAUAUUAAGCUGUCCCUUUCAGUAACUUUUGCUGGAACAGUGGAAAUUAUAUUUUCUUUUUAAUAUUAAAAUUAAUAUUAUUUAUAAUAAGAACAAUUUCUCCAAAUGCUUAAUGA